UCCAUCCUCCCGGUCCCGGCGCGCUCCUCCCUCCGGUCCCCCGCCCCUCGCAGCCCGGCUUCCGGCCGGGGCGGGGCGGAGGCGGUGCGGGCGACCCGGCCGGCCAUGCUCAUCACCCUGUGCUACCUGUACCUGUGGGCGCGCUGGGAGCGCCGGCCGGCCGCGCUGGUGCGCUCCACGGUGCGGCGGUGGCGCGCCUCCUGCUCCUUCACCUUCUGCCGCGCGUCCGCGCAGCCCCGGAGCGCGCGCGUGUGUCUGAGCCGUGGCGGCUGCGUCUUCUGCGUCGGCGAGAGCCAGUCCAUUGAUGACUUGAACAAAUGGGCCUUGUUUCUCGUCUCUCCCUUCAUACUUGAGGCAGAACACAUAGCGUUUGUGACGGAGAGCAUUUGGAUACAAGGCAACAGUUUACAGAAGCGGUCAUCUUCGGAAACAGUUGUAAGAUGGUCCGACUGUUGUUUGCCGUUAGCCUGCCGACCUGGGGAUCCCUACCAAUUAAUUGCUGAAGCAAGUGUGGAUGACUUCAGCAAGCUGGGAGUGGCAUUCAUGGAAGACAGACUGCAAAUGGAUAAUGGACUGAUACCCCAAAAGAUUGUUUCAGUGCACUUGAAGGACUCUACUCUGAAGGAACUCCAGGAUCAGGUCUCCAACAAGCAAGUCCAAGCCCUGCAGCCAAGCCCAGAACCUUCCCCUGAGGCUGAGCCUAUGCAAGACAUCAUGGAGCAUGCUGGUCAAGGUGACUCAAAGGCUCCUCGUGAAGUCUGUUCCCUGUCAAGGAGAGGCAGUGUCUCUGGAAGGGGGCCGGCUGCAGAUGGCGAGCCAGGGCAGGGCUCUGUUGAGCACCAUCAGCUCCACCUGUCCAGUUGCCACGAGUGUUUAGAACUCGAGAACAGCACCAUUGAAUCAGUGAGGUUUGCAUCAGCAGAGAACAUUCCAGAUCUUCCCUAUGAUCACAGCAGCACUUUGGGGGGUGCUGGUGAGUUCUUCCCUGAAAGAGAAGGGAGGAGAGUCAACAUCUCAGGAAAGGCACCCAACAUCCUCCUGUAUGUGGGCUCCAGCUGCCAGGAAGCCCUGGGCCGGCUCCAGCAGGUGCAGUCUGUCCUGGCUGACUGUGUGGACACCGACAGCUAUGUUCUCUACCACCUGCAGGAAGACAGUGCCCUCAGGGACCCAUGGCCAGACAACUGCCUGCUCUUGGUCAUUGCCACCAGGGAGCCUGUCCCCGAAGGCCUGUACCAGAAAUUCAUGGCCUAUCUCGCUCAAGGAGGGAAGGUGCUGGGCCUGUCUUCCUCCUUCAGGUUUGGUGGCUUUCAGGUGACAAGCAAGGGCAUGCUGCAGAACACAGUCCAGAACUUGGUUUUCUCCAAGGCUGACCAGAGUAAGGUGCAGCUUAGCGUCCUGAGCAGCGGCUAUGUUUAUUACGAGGACCCUGGAGAACAGCCCAGCCCUGGCAUGCUGCAGGGCCACUUACAGAAUGGGGACAAAGACAGGAUGAUCGUGCAAGUGCCUUUUGGAACCCGUGGAGGGGAGGCCGUCCUCUGCCAGGUGCAUCUAGAACUUCCUCCCAGCUCUCCCAUAGUGCAAACGCAAGAAGACUUCAACUUGCUCAAAUCAAGCAAUAUGCGAAGGCAUGAAGUCCUAAAGGAGAUCCUGACCACCCUCGGCCUGAGCUGUGAUACACAACAAGUUCCUACCUUAACCCCGCUUCAUUUACUGCCGGCCACUGACGAAAUCCGGAAUUCAUUUAUGCAGUGGCUGGAGAGACAUGUGGAUCCUGAAGGAGUCAUAAAAUCGAGCAAGCUCUCCCUUAAAUUCAUUUCAUCUUGCACAUCUGAAGUAGAAAUCACCCCAUCUUCCAUACCUGUGGUUACAGAUUCAGAAACCUUCUCAUCGGAGCACUUUAACCUAGAGAUCUACCGACAAAACCUGCAGAGCACACGGCUCGGAAAAGUAAUUCUGUUUGCAGAAGUGACCCCCACAACCAUGAGUCUCUUGGAUGGGUUGAUGUUUGAGAUGCCCCAGGAAAUGGGUUUAAUCGCCAUCGCAAUCCGGCAGACCCAGGGCAAAGGGCGAGGUCCGAAUGCCUGGCUGAGCCCCGUGGGAUGUGCUCUUUCCACUGUGCUGGUCUCCAUCCCCCUGAGGUCACAGCUGGGACAGAGGAUUCCAUUUGUCCAGCAUCUGAUGUCUCUGGCUGUCGUGGAGGCAGUUCGGUCCAUCCCUGAGUAUGAGGAUAUCAACUUACGAGUGAAAUGGCCCAAUGAUAUUUAUUAUGGUGACCUCAUGAAGAUUGGUGGAGUUCUGGUUAAUUCAACACUUAUGGGAGAAACAUUUUAUAUCCUUAUUGGCUGUGGAUUUAACGUGGCUAAUAGUAACCCCACCAUAUGUAUCAACGACCUCAUCACUGAAUACAAUAAACAGCACAAAACAGGCCUGAAGCCCCUACGAGCCGAUUUUCUCAUAGCCAGGGCCGUGACUGUGCUGGAGAAACUGAUCGACACAUUUCAGGACCAAGGGCCCAAUGGUGUUCUUCCGCUCUAUUAUAAAUACUGGUUACACAGUGGUCAGCAAGUCCGCCUGGGCAGUGCCGAGGGACCACAAGUGUCUAUCGUGGGCCUAGAUGAUUCCGGGUUCCUGCAGGUUCAUCAGAAGGACUGUGAGGUUGUGACCGUACAUCCAGAUGGCAACUCCUUUGACAUGCUGAGAAACCUCAUCCUGCCCAAGCAUCGGUAGCACGGGUACCCAGACAGCUUGGAUCUGCCCUGGGGCCACAGCAUGCUGCACAGGGAGCCUGCCACUGGGGUGCACCGGUACUUGGGCAAAGCUUGGCACUGGCUCUCACCUUUGCCCACCUAGGAGCUGGGAAACUAAUGUAGAGUUGUAGGUGAAUUUCUUUUCUCCAAGUCAUUUGUUAACUCUUCAAGUUUUGUUUUCCUUUCUACUUUUAUGAGUUUGGGUUUUUUAAAAAAAAUACAUGUGGUUUAAUUGGGUGUUUGAAGUUGCUUCUGGUGAAGAAUUGACAGGUGAGAGUUAGUUUAGGAGUUUAGUUCCAUCUCACCUGGUGUGAAAGUACUCUUUUUCUACUCUGGACUUGGUUUGUGUUUACUGGGAAAAUUUAUUUUUGCUUGGAAAUAGCAAUUGGAUAAUUCAAAUGUUUUCCCAGUAGUGAAGGCCUUUAGCCCUGUGCUAUUAAAAAAAAAUUUUUUUUAAGUGACCAUAGCCUAUGUUAGUGAAUGGCGAGUUGGAGGUGCGUCAUUGCUGUUUAUGGGUAACCAGAUUUCCCCACCAGAACACACAGUGCUAUUUAACCAUUGGGUUGGUUUUUUAAAUUUUAUUUUGGGGUAUUUUGUUGUGGGUUGUUUUUUUAUAUUUUUUUUUGGGUUUUUUUUUGUUGGGUUUUUUUUUUUUUUUUUUUUUUUUUUUUUCACUCAAGGUAGAUUUCCAGAAGUUACUCUCUGCUGUGAUGGUGGCCCAGUAACAACAUCUGAAAGGCUUCAGAGAUACCUGAGGCUGGUGUGCUUGCAAUGGCCUUGUAGGGAAAUCAGUUUUUUACCUUGGCCUUACAUUCUGAGCACUCCUUCCCAAGUUCAAGUUUGCCAUGUGUUCUGAAGAUGUGUCAAGUUGGAGACCUUUAAAGUAUGAUGGCACCUCACUGGGAGGCAGGGCAGGAUGCUUGGCUCAGACAGCUGGAGAGGAAGGCUUGCUGCCUUUGCUACACACAAAGGAGGGUGAUUUGGGGGCUUUAAGCCAAUUCCAGGCUCUAUGUGAGAUGUGGAGUGUUCCUGUAAGACUGUGCCGUGCACACAGGACAGAGUGUGGCACUGAUUUGUAACUCAUAGUCUUCUGCCCCCAUUUCCUGGUAUUGCCAAGAAAAAAAAGUGAUAUUGACACUAAAUGUCAUCAGUUUGGAAGGAGAAUACCUGUGUAUACACAGGUGUGUGUGUGUGUGUGUGUGUGUGUGUGUGUGUGUGCGCGUGCGCACGUGUGUAGCUUUAAAAGAAGACUUUUAAAAUCUGAUGUGCUAAGUCUCAAUGGAAGAACAAAGGAGAGGAAGCCUUUCUGGGUCUGCAUUUCCAGAUGUGUGCCAUGCUUCCCGUGUACCUCCUAGUUCUCUGGGGCUUAUGACUCGUGUCCAUAACUGCUCAGCCUUAAGGAGCUGAUUUCUGUCCACGCUUCCCUCUUCCUGCCUGCACAGCUGAAGUUAACGGAAAGGAAGUGAUGACUCAUUCAGCUUUGAAGAAAAUCCCAUCAUUGUAAACGAGCACCAUCUUUAUCAAGGCCUGUGUAGUCAGGCCAAUUCCAGAAACUUGCAGUUUUCGGUAUAAAAGUCUGUCUACCUUUAGCCUCAUAGACAACCCCAUAGGAUGGAAAAAUAACAUAUUUAAGUACACCAACCUGAUAUGUGCUUUGGGGAAUGUAACUUUAAAAGAGCUUCAAAAGUAUUUUUUCAAAUAAGGCUUCAAUUUGAAUUAUUUUUCUCAAAAAAUUUAGAUAUAUAUAUAUAUAUAUAAAUCUUUCCUAAAUGCUCGGGUCUUCUUUCGGAAUUGUGAGUUUAAAUAAAAGUUCACACUACCCCAAAAUUAUAAAAUAGACUCACCCUUGAGAGGGUGUCUACCAGGUGUCAUCCAGGACACAACAAUCCAGGCCAAUGUCUCAGGCUCAUUUCUCAGACUUUGUAAUACAAGACUGGUCAUCUCUCAGAUCUGCCAUCAUUACUUUUUAAAUUUCUUUGGGGGAUUAUUUAAUAAAAAAAAAUGCUAGGUUUUGUGUUAAGCCGAGGGUCUAUUCUGGAUAGUUCUACUUUGGAGAAAAAUGUUAUCAUUUAAUUUCCCUUCUGUAAAUUAAAACUAAUGAAGUGUGGUCAUGUCAGAGCAGACGGGCAUAGCGUUUGUACCCUAUGCAGUCAUACACUUGAGUGGUAUUCUUAUGCAAACAUGACACCUUGUUGUCCUGAGGGAGAUGAAAUAGCCUUGAAGCAGAUGCUACAUUCUCCACUAACCUGGCUUUGCCUCCCAUGAACCAAAGACUUCAACUUCCUUCAUAGACAUUAAAGGCAUUCUUCCAGUGAGGUUGGGAAGUCUUGAGUACCUGCUACAUUGCACUGUGCAGCUGGGGGUGUUUAUGCACUCAGUGAUCCGAGAUCUCCAAACUUUAGUCUUAAGGGAAACUUUGCUUGUCGCUUCCUAACCCUAAGAUGUGGCCACCAAACUCAGGAUCUGCAUGAACUUUAGAGCCCUAGGUUAUUGCUAGUGUAGACUGUGCAUUGAGCAUCUACCAUGUCCUGAAAGGCAAGGCAUCCCACCUCUGGAUUAAGUAGAAAUGGCAAGAACUGGGUUUCUUGUGGCUCCACCAUGCAGGAGUCCUGGCAGGGGGUGGGGGGUGGGGUGGAGAUGGCAGUAUGUGUGCCCUGUGGUCUCACUGUGCACACUGAUGUGACCCAGACUAGGAGCGAGUGUCCUGGCUGAGGCUUGGGCACAUGCACAUGACCAGUGAGGGACCACAGAAUCUGAGUAGAUCCGGGUAGAUCUCCUACCCAUACACACAGUGUGGCACCCUGCCUGUCUCACCCAACACUUCCACAGUACAAGAGGAGGGUCUUGGGGGCUUCGCUUCCCUGACCUGCUGCAAACCGGGAAUCUGAAUCCCUGGUUCAUUACUAUGCAUCUUUGAAAUAAACAAAAAUGUAAACCUUUGCUAAUGUUUAGCUUUUCAAAGAAUCCUCUCUGAAAAGAAUUACUUUAAACCAAUUGGUUUGUUUAAACCAAUGCCUAUAAAAAAGCAAGUCUACCAAAAUAAACUUAAGAUUUUCACUAUG